UUUCAACCCAUUUCGUCGACCCGGCGACCCGCGAUCGCGACCAGACCUUAACUCCGGCGUCCGGAGACUUCACGCCGGCGCACUGGUGCUGUUCAACUCGCCUUUCAAUGGCGGACCUUCCUAUUGUCCAGUAUCCGAGCGAGGAAGGAGAAUCGAAGCUCAAAAGCUUCGGGCUUUCCAGCGAUUCUCAAGAAUUUUCCGGCGACAGUUAGCGAUGCAUGAGACAUGGAACUUGGUCUUCUCAUGGAGCUCUACAUCGCGGUAUAGUAAGUUUUCAAUUUCAGUUAUUUUUGAAGAUUUGGGUGUUUGGGAAUUUUCGGCCACCGCCGAGACCGGCGGUUUUGCUUGUUGUUAAAACCACAAAAGACGAUCAAGUAUGCCAUUGAAUCAAUAACGUAAUUGCCCAUUGUUUGGAAUGGUUUCAAGUUCGAUCUGGUUUCAAAUUCUAAUGGAGAAAGUUUUGGUCUUAUGAUAUAUGGGUACAAUGGUUGGUUUAGCAGAGUUGGUCUGAAGGUUGGUUGAAGGAUGAAGGAGGAAAGAAGACGAGGACAGAUUUGGUCGAACGUUUGCUAACCAAGGCUGCUGACCAUUCUGGUUGGCGUGUUGCUCACGCGCCAUAUUUGACUCCGGUCAAUGUUUUACCGCAGCCGCUCUUGGAAUUUUCGUUUAUUUUCAUAGUUUCCUUUCUCUAAUUAAAAAUCGAUCCCAUCUCCCAGCUUUCAACUUGCUCUCUCUGAUGAAGAUCACAGGCACCCAUCAACACCAUGCAUGAAGCUAUUGAAUUUCACUACCAUCAACACCAUAUGUUAUCAAAAAGAUCCAUCAACACUUGAGAGAUUGAGUGUACUAACUGGAGGCUUAUAUGGCCUUGUCUGUAACGGACCUCUUAAUUGGAAAACUUGCGACCAUUCUUGAGUAUGAAGGAACAACCAUAGCAGGUGUUCGUCAUGAAGUUGAUAAGAUUAAGGAGGAGUUUCUAAGCAUGAAAGCUUUCCUAGUGGAUGCGGAGGCCAACAAACCAAAAACUGAAGGACAGAAAUUGUGGGUUGCAAGAAUCAGAGACUUAGCCUAUGAUGUUGAAGAUAUCAUUGAUGAAUUCAUGUAUCACAUGUAUGAGAAGCAAACUGGGGGUCGACUUUCAAGGAGGCUACACAAAACCAUUCGCACUCCAUGUAAUCUUUGGUUCAGGCAUAAAAUUGCAAAGAAGUUGCGGAAAAUUACUGACAUGAUCAAAGCCAUUUCAGAGAGGAAUAAAAGAUACGGUGUUGGCCUUGUAGGAGGAGCAACUACAUCCGAAGAUAUUCUGAAAUUGGUGCAGAGCCAAGCGGAGUCUUCGUUUUUCAUUAUGGAAGACGAACUGGUUGGGAUUGAAGGCAAGAAGCAAAUACUAAUGGGAUGGCUAAUGGAUGACGAGCAACACCAAACUGUUAUAUCUGUGGUGGGAAUGGGAGGUGCUGGAAAGACAACUCUAGUUGCCAAGACCUUCACCAAUGAACUGGUAAAGAGACAUUUUGAUUGUUAUGCAUGGAUUACUGUUUCCCAAACUUAUGAUGUGGUACACUUGUUUCGAAGCUUGAUCAGGGAACUCUACAAAUCAAGGAAGGAAGAUUUCCCUGCAAAUUUGAAUGCCAUGAGCCGCAUAGAAUUGCUAGAAUUACUAGUUAACUACUUGGAGUCCAAAAAAUACCUAGUGGUUCUAGAUGACGUGUGGGAUAUAAAAAUAUGGAGAGAAAUAAAGGUAUCACUUCAAGAUAGACAACUUGGAAGUCGAGUCGUACUUACAACUCGAAAUGAAGAAGUAGCAUCCAACUCUUUUGGAGUUGAAAGCUAUGUUCACCGUAUUCAGCCCCUGCAAAAGAAUGAGGUUUGGGAACUCUUCAGCAGGAAAGCAUUCUCAACUAAGCAACACAAAACUUGUCCAACUGAGCUGAAGUCAUUAGCUUGCCAACUUGUAGAGAAGUGUGAAGGCCUUCCUCUCGGUAUUGUGGCUUUAGGUGGUCUUAUGUCUUCUAAGAAGUCGCUGGAUCAAUGGCAACAAGUCUGCAACAACUUGAAUUGGUAUCUACAUAACAAUUCAUCGCUAGACCCCGUGAGAAACAUUUUGUUGCUGAGUUAUAAUGAUUUGCCAUCUCAACUGAAGCAUUGCUUCCUCUAUUGUUCCCUUUUUCCUGAAGAUUAUCUAUUUAAAAGAAAAAAGCUGACUAGAUUGUGGAUAGCAGAAGGAUUUGUUGAAAAUGUGAAAGGGGUCAUGCCCGAAGAAGUUGCAGAUGGCUAUGUUCAGGAACUCUGCUUCCUUAGCAUGUUACAGGUUGCAGAUGACUUUGUUUCUGCAACAUCUUCGGGAAGGCUGAAAAAAUUUAAGAUGCAUGAUCUGAUGCGAGAGCUUGCUUUGUCAACAGCUGAAAAAGAAAAGUUUGGUUAUGUAUACGACGGGAGAGAAGUAAUGGAGGAGAUCUCAACCCGUCGCUUAUCAAUUCACAGAAUGGAAGGAGAAAUUAAAUCAUGGCGGGGUAUGUCAAAGAUUCGUUCUCUUCUUGUAUUUGCCACUGACAUGUCCUCAUUGUCUUUCUUAAAUACACUGGUUUCUCGAUUCAAAUUGUUGAGGACUCUAGACUUGGAGGAUGUCCAAAUUGAUAAUCUGCCGGGUGCAGUUGUUUACUUGUUCAACUUGAGAUAUUUAAAUUUGAAGGGCACUUUAAUUAAGGAACUUCCAGAGUCCAUAAGGUGUCUCCGCAACCUUCAAUUUCUGAACAUCAGGGAUACUGAGAUACAGUCACUUCCCGAAGGAGUUACGAGGUUGCUGAGCUUGCGCAAUCUAAUUAUGUAUCGCUACACUGGGAAGCUGUACUUCAAAGUUGUGAGUGGGACAAAAGCGCCAUCAAAUAUUUGUAAGUUGCAGAAAUUGCAAAGUUUAUCACUAAUUGAAUCAGAAGGGGACACUUGUAGACUUAUCGGCAACAUGACUCAACUUAAGAGCAUCGGCAUAUCAAAUGUGAAAGAAAGAGAUGAGAUUGACCUUUGGCUCUCAAUUAAGAAGUUCACUCUGCUUCAACGUCUAGCUUUAACGGCAAGUAAUGAAGAGGAAAUCCUUCCGGUGAAAGCACAAUGUCCGCCUCUUCCGCACCUUCGAAAGCUUAUUUUGGUUGGCAGACUGCAAAACGUAAUAUCUUGGUUUUCUUCACUGCAUAGCCUCACAACUCUGUUUCUGCAUUGGUCAAGACUUGAAGAGGAUUUACUACCUCAAAUUGAAGCACUGCUCAAUUUGAAAAGGCUUUAUCUUUGUAAUGCAUAUGUUGGGGAAGAGUUGUGUUUCCGUAGAGGCUUUGUAAAGCUGGUGAGGUUGGAGUUGUUGAAUUUUGCCUCGGUGAAAAAGAUAACUAUAGAAAAUGGGGUGAUGCCAAAUCUUCGGUACUUAUUCGUUGACAGCUUCAUGGAGUUGAAGAAAGUGCCAUUAGGACUUGAAUAUCUUUCUACUCUACAAUAUUUGGGCCUAAAAGAUGUUCCCAUGGAAGUUGUAAGGCCCAUUCAGAAAGGAGGUGUGGAUCGCUCUAAGGUACAACACAUUUUUGAGAUCAUACAUGUUUUCGAACAGUCAUCCAAGUGGGUCCACGAAAACUUGGCCUAGUAUUUAUUUCUCCUGAAAGAAUCAAUCAAGUUUGACAAGUAUAAUAUAUUGAAGAAGAUUUGACGCAGUUUGAUGAAGAAUCCUUUCUGUACAUGUGGGAAGAUGCAAGGACCAAUCUCGGUUUGUCAUUUGCCUCUUCAAGACAGUUUCUGAUGUUGUACUUAUUAUUGUUUGUUUGCAUUGGCAUGUAAUAAUGCUGGAUUGAAUGCUACUUUAGCAGUAUGAGUUGUGAUAAAGAUUGGGGAUCCAAAUCGAGCACUUUGCAAAUC